UCUUUGCUGUCUUUCAUUAUAAUGGCAAGCAAUAAGCAUGGCGACUGGAAGGAUUUUGACAAUUAUGAAGAAUACAGGUAUGUGUUGGCAAUAGCAAUCCUAUCAGCAUUUUACACAGGAUUGCAAACAUGGAGACAGGUUUAUGAGCUUUCCACUGCUCGAGAGAUUCUUUCACGGCACAAAACGGCCAUGAUUGACUUUUUUGGUGACCAGAUAGUGGCGUACUUGUUGAUAUCGGCAGCAUCAUCAGCAGUGCCUCUAACAAACAGAAUGAGAGAAGAUAUCAAUUGAUAAUGAUGGUGUUGGUGUGAUAUUUUUUGUCCAUGGAUAAAGAGAAGGUUAUCUUCUUUUUUCUUUGACCAAUUCUCUCUGAUUCAAACUGUGUACAUUGGACUUUGGAUUUGGGAAUAUGUAUGCACAAAAUAUUGCUAUUAUAGCUUUCUAGAUUUCACGUAUCACUUCAUCAUAACUAGUACGUACUGGAAUUAAUAUAAACGGUCUUUGCAUUUGGAAAUAACAAUAUCUAAAUGAAUCCAAAUGCAAUAGUAGUAGAACAAUUAGUCCAGAACUAGUUGCCCUUUUAGCCUUACUUGGAAAUGGUAACAAUUAACAACUAUCAAGAAC